GUGUAGAGGAGAGAGUGGAGGGUGGAGGUGUGUGUGUUUGUGAGUUAGUUAGUUAGAUGUGAGUGUUUAGGAGUGUGAGAGGAAGAUCUGCUGAAGUUCUGGAGAAGUUUCUGGAGGAGGUUCUAGAUAAGGUUCUGGUUCAGACUGAGGGAUGAACUCGUUUAAAGAUGCUACUCUGUUUCUGGACCUGAGCUUCCUCUCCCCGGAGGAGGAGACAGUGAUCCGGCAGGUUCUGCUGAGAGAUGAGGACCUGAAGAGGCUGGAACUGGGUCGAGUCAGUAGGUUGAGGACGUCAGUGCCAGACCCCAAGGAGCUGAAGGUGUUGUCGGGGGAGUGGUUUGAUGACCUCAGGUCAAAGCGAUACGGACGGCAGCCGGCUAUAUCAGCGGUGGUCCGGUCUUCUAUGAGGUGGAAGAAGUCAGCAGGCCAUAAACCCCUGCCCUUCCUGAACGCAGUGCUGGAGGAGAGAGAUGUAGAGAAGGAGAAGAAGAGCUCAGAAGUGUCAGCUGACCCCAGAUCGAUCCACCCGGCGCUGGGAGUCCAGGUAUCCAGGGAAUAUGAAGAUGAAGAUAUCGUGCUGGAAGAAGAUACCACAGCUACUCAAAAUCCAGCCAAGAAUUUUCUCAUCCAAAACCAAUCACCAGGAAAAGCCAGAGAAAAGCCUCAGGAGGAGAUUAUUCUAAUCCGCUCUAGAAAUCUUGAGCCUGGGCUGCAGCCCGAGUUUAAAAGAGCCUAUCAAAAAGAGUCUAUCGAUACAACAAGCCUAUCAGCGAGCGCCACGACUAGCGAUUCUGAAACAGAUAGCAUGACAACUAGCACCAAUACGAGCACAACGGGAAGCCCUACAUCAAAAUACUUUACAAUCAACCCAAUUAGUGCCUUAAUUAAUAAGAAAACUAGCACAACAGCUAGCCCAACAACAACAGACUUCACAAUUAGCGGCGCAACGACUAGCACAACAGCUAGUCCCACAUCCAGAAACUUUACAAUAAACCCAAUGACUAGCGCCAGUGCCUUAGUUAGUGAGAAAACUAGCACAACAGCUAAUCCCACAUCAACAAACACCACAAUUAGCAACAAAACUAGUACAACAGCUAGUCCCAUGUCACCAAACCCUAUAAUUGGCACAACAACUAGCACAAGUGCUCCAAUUAGUGCUAAAACAAGCACUACAGCUAGCCCCAUAUCAACAAACACCACAAUUAGCGGUGCAACAACAAGCACAAAUGUUCCAGUUAUUCCCACAACUAGCACAACAGCUAGCCCCACAUCCAGGAACUUCACAAUUAGUGCAAUAACUAGCACAAGCGCUCCAGUUAGUCCCAAAAUUGGCAUUACAACUAGCCCCACAUCAACCAACACCACAUUUAGUGACAAAACUAGCACAACAGCUAGCCCCACAUCAACAAACACCACAAUUAGCGGUGCAGUUACUAGCACAAGUGAUCCAGUUAGUCCCAAAGCUAACACUACAGCUAGUCCCACAUCCAGAAACUUCACAAUUAACGCAAUGACUAGCACAAGUGCUCCAGCUAAUGCUAAAACUAGCACAACAGCUAGCCCCACAUCCACAAACAUCACAAUAAGCGACAAAACUAGCACAACAGCUAGCUUCAUGUCAGCAGACCCUAUAGUUGGCGCAAAAACUAGCACAAAUGCUUCAAUUAGUACCAAAGCUAGCACUACAGCUAGCCCCACAUCAACAAACACCACAAUUAGUGCAACAGCUAGCACACCAAAUGCUCCAACUAGUCCCACAUCCAGAAACUUCACAAUCAGCACAAUAACUAGCACCACAGCUCCAACAAGUGCCAAAACUAGCGCUCUAGCUAGUGCCAAAACACCAGAAACCAGUACAGAGCCCAGGCGAAAGGUAUCCCUCCCUCCAGCUCUGCAGAAAGACCGAUCGUUUGAGGAGAACUGGUUGAAGAUCACUCUGGAGGCUAAUGCAGCAGAAUCAGCAGCGCUGGAGAUUAAACCUGAGCGCCCUGAUCUAAACACGCCUGUCGAAACGCUGGAGAUAACAUCCUUCACUGAAACUCGGGAUAACAAAUCAAGCAGCGAUCAAUCAAAUCUGCCCAGAAGCAGCGCUGACCUCAUUAGCACUGGGCCAGAGGUCAAAUCCGGCCAAGCUGAGCUAAUAAUCUCUAGAGAAGUUACCAGAACUGAAGUGGAGGAGAUUAAGGAGAGUUCUGGAUUUGGGAAAGAUGUGGACCGAGAUUUAAAGAGGGAUCCUGAAUUAAUCAGGGGAUCUCAGAGGGAACGGGAACAGGAAAGGGACCGGGAACAGGAAAGCUCCCCUAAGCUCUUCACUGUUUCCUCGGUGGAGAUGAUGAAAAAGCGUGAACCUCAGAGCAACACUGUUCUGGAGACCAAAGAGAAAAUCGCUGGGGGAGAAAUCAUAAUUUCAGAUUUUAAAAGAACGUCUCCGACGAGGAUGGAUGAGCUGGAUGUGGAGGAGAAUCCCAGCAUCUCUGGAAUUCCUGGAAAUCAAAACCCAGAACUUGCUAGUUUAGAGCUUAAUAGGCCAAUCAGAGCGGAGGAACUCGUAAAGAUUGAGACAGAAACAAUUGAAACAGAGAUAGUGAUUGAAAAUGCAGCUCCUCAAACAGAAAAGAAGAAAGAUUUUGAUGUGGAAUUGAAGGAAAAGGAAAGUGCUAAAGGGAAAACGUUGGAAUUAGAAGAAAUAGAUAGAAUAGUCGUGUCAGAGAAAAUAAAGGAUAAAAACGACGGCAUAUUGGAAGCGAAUGAAAGAGUGAUUGAAAGCGAUGCCCCUGGAGAAGAGCUCAGGAGAGAGAGUUAUAUUCUGGCGGGUGUAUACGCUCGAGCCCUGAAGGCAAAAUCCCCAACCACUAAACACGUUUCCAUCCAAGAUCCAAAGCAGCAGGAACGAUCUGUAGAUCUGAUUCCCUCCAUCGUGAUUCUACCAUCUGAGACACCAACACAUAAAGAAAGUGAGAAAAUCGGGACGCCUGCCCCGGCAGCACCUGCAGGAACACCUGCUCCACCCACCUUUGUGCUGGACACCUGGGAGGAUGAAGGAGUGGACUCAGAGGAUGACAGCAGCUCCGUGUCCAGCUACGGCUCUGAUCUCUCCGGCAGGAGAGGCUUUACUGCGAGCGAGCUCUCCGUCACAGAGCGUACGGGCAGUCUGCUGAGUGUGUACAGUGAUGCGGGGGAUUUUGGUAAUGUGACGGUUCAGGGCUCUGUGGAGUUCGCUCUGAUGUACAGUCCUCUGGGAGAACUGGUGAUUAUGGUGGAGCAGUGCCAGGACCUGGCCAUCGCUAACCCACGCAAACAGCGCACUGACCCGUAUGUGAAGACCUACCUCUAUCCAGACAAGAGGAGCAAGAGGAAGACGUCUAUAAAGAAGCGUACAGUGAACCCGGUGUAUGUGGAGGCUCUGAGGUACAAAGUGAAGCGUGAAGAAUUGCCCGGAAAGACUCUGAACUUGUCUGUGUGGCACAACGACUCUCUGGGCAGAAACGUGUUUCUGGGUCAGGUGGAGAUCAAUCUGAGGACGUGGGACUGGGGCCACGAGUCUCUCACCUGGUACAACCUCCAGCCCAAGACGGCUGAUAAUCCGGAGGCGCAGGAAAACCACGGGCUGCUGUGCGUCUCCCUGAAAUACGUUCCCCCAGAGCCCAGAGGAGGUUCUAAGCUCGGUACCGGAGAGAUCCACAUCUGGCUGAGAGAAGCUCGGCAGCUCCAUCGCCUCAGACCCCCGGGGGUGGACUCGUUCGUGAAGUGUUACAUGCUGCCGGACACCAGUAAGAAGAGUCGUCAGAAGACGCGUGUGGUGAAGAAGUCUCUGAAUCCGGUGUAUAAUCACACCAUGGUGUACGACGGCUUCAGGCCGGACGAGGUGCGCGAGGCCUGCUGUGAACUCACCGUCUGGGACAACAACAAACUCUCCAACCAGUUCCUCGGAGGAGUUCGCCUCAGCCUCGGCUCAGGUCAGAGUUAUGGGAAGAAGGUGGACUGGAUGGACUCGGUGAAUGAGGAGGUGGAAAUCUGGGAGAAAAUGAUGGCAAAUGCGAACAGCUGGGUGGAGGCGGAGCUUCCACUGAGGGGUUCCAUGACUCCCAGGAAAUAAGAGGACAUAGGUGAACUCAGGAAUCUCCAGGAAAGUCAGUAAUAUGUGAGAAUUCAUAAUAUAUAAUACAUAAAAGUGGGAUUGAGGCAAUAAAAAACCUAUACCAAACCUUUUAACCCCAUAGUAAAAAAAUAGAAUAUCAUUGAAAAGCUCCUUUAUUUCAGUAAUUCAGUUCAAAUGUGAAACUCAUUUAUUAUAUAGAUGUAUUAAACACAGAGUGAUCUAUUUUAAACGUUCAUGUUUUAUUGUUGAUGGUUAUGGCUUACAGCCAAUGAAAACCCAAGAAUCAGUGUCUCAAAAAAAAGAAUAUUAUAUAAUAAGACCAAUCUGUACUUUUGUCAGUGUGGGCAGUGUGCCAAGUCCUGCUGAAAAAUGAAAUCCACAUCUCCAUAAAAGUUGUCAGUAGCAGAGGGAAGAAGAAUGAAGUGCUGUAAGAUUUUGUGGGAAAACAAAACUGCACUGAUUUUAGACUUGAUAAUAAAACACAGUGGAUCAACACCAGCAGAUGACAGACAUGACUCUCCAAACCAUCACUGAUUGGUGGAAACUUCACACUAGACCUCGAGCAGUUUGGACUGUGUGUCUCUCCACUCUUCCUCCAGACUCUGAUCCCUUCAUUUACUUUAAAUGAAAUGUAAAAUUUACUGAUGAUCAGUGAUGGUUUGGAGAGACAUGUCUGUCAUCUGCUGGUGUUGAUCCACUGUGUUUUAUUAUCAAGUCUAAAGUCAGU